AUGCGCUGGAGCAUCUCUAUACCGCUUCUUGCGGUUAUAGGAGUGGACGAUGCUUUCGGAUACCACCAUCACCAUGAGAGACAUAACCAUGUCCAUAUCAAACCUCAUGCUCAGCAACUUGAGCCCAGAGAUGUCAACAAGGUUGACCGUGUCCCGGCGGAUAUGAUGGUCGAAAUCCGCACUAUUACAACCACAGUCUACGAGGAUUUUCAACUGACAACCUCCAUGGAUCCUACAACUACGACUAUCUUCACGCAAUUAAUACAUGUCCCAACAAAUGGCGCAGCCGUGCCAGUACCUGCAGUACUCAAAACAUCGAAACCGGAGUUGAUUAAUACGAUGCCAACCAACUCAAUGCCAACUGGCUCGAUACCGAGCCAAGCACCCACUCCUGUCAACAUCGAUAAACCCUUACCAGCCCAAGACGAACAAACAACUACCAUCGACAUGACUAAGACAGUAACGGAAAUUCAAACCGUCAGUGGUAAAACUAGCAUCGCCAGCGCGGUUCCAUCCUCGGCGAAUACAGCCACCAAAAUAAGACCAGACGUGGUGCCGCCGGCACGUCCAGCACCAACAGCUCCAGGCCUUCUUCCAUCGCUUCCACCACUCCCAGAGGUGCUCGAAGACGCACCUAAAGAUGUCGUCUCGGAACUCCCUAUUUCAGCCCUCCCAACCUUGCCAUUGGACCAAAUCCUGAAUCCCAAUGGACUUGCAGUGCCAACGAACCUUGCCUGGACCGAGAUCCCCAGAGAUGGAUAUUUUGCGGUCAAGCGCUUCGGUGGACGCAGCAAGCCGUCGGGAACACAAAUCAAAUAUCAAGGUAAUGUCGGUAUUCCAUGGGGAAGCAAUAUUAUAUCCGUGAGCCCGACCGAGGCACAUCGGUACAAAUACGUCGUUCGCUUCACUGGCUCCAACUCCCAGCCCUGGACAAUCACGAUUUGGAAUAAGAUCGGACCCGAUCGUAAGAUGGAUGGGUGGUAUGGCCAUUCUGCAUUGACCUUUGUUCUCGCACCCGCUGAGACGCGGUAUGUCGCGUUUGACGAAGAUUCCGAGGGAGCUUGGGGUGCGGCACCUGGGAUAAAGGGUCUUCCGGUGGACAAUUGGGGUGGAUUUACGUCUACCUGGGGAGAAUUCUCUUUCGGGGAUAGAGAGAAUGAUGGUUGGUCUGGCUGGGAUGUUUCGGCUAUUCAGGCGCAGAUUGCGCAUCAUGAUGUGCAGGGUAUGCGUAUUUGCAUGGCUGACGGAAGGGGCUGCUCAGUUAUUACGCCACAGGCGAGGAAGGUGGUUAAUGCUUAUACUGAGUCUGAGCGACAUCAUGAUGGGAUUGGGGGCGCGGCUGCGCCAGGACCUGUGCGGUUGGUGGUCGAUAUUGAUUACCGGGAGUAA